CGUGCUCGCAGUCACACACGCGCAGUGCUGUCAGGAGCGCCGCUGCUGGACCACAGCCAUCUCGCGAAGGAGGUUCCAGCGGAGGGAAGAGAAAGCCAGAGCGAGAGCGAGACAAAGGGAAGGAGGACGGUAGAAGGAGAGGAGCGAAUAGGAGCGAGGGGACCGGCACAAGGAAGGAGAGACCCAGCGCUUUGUGAAGAACAGCAAGCGAGGGACAGGAGGAGGGAGGAGGAGAGAGGAAAAAAAGAGGAGGGAGAACAGGAAACGCGAUCACUUUCAGCUGCAGCGGUCCGUGUCGCAGCAUGGGCAAUGCACCAUCCCAAGGUAGCAGAAGAGAGGGACUGGAUGAACCCACCUUAUAUUCCAAGGCCAACGCCGGGGCCUGUUUUCCUAAGCAAGAUCCCGAGCGUGGUGGCAGUCACAUGAUCUCGACGGAUGACUUGGAGUAUCCGCGCGAGUACCGGACGCUGGGGAACAGCGCCCGGCGAUUCUCCAAUGUCGGCCUUGUGCACACGUCGGAGCACCGCCACACCGUCAGCGCCGCCCAGAGCCUGGAGGCCCUCACCAACUUGCACAAGGCCGACAUGGAACGCAAGAGGGACGCCUUCAUGGACCACCUGAAGAGCAAGUACCAGCAGCAGCAGCAGCUGCAGCAUCCGCAUCACAGCCCACACCACAACCCACCAUCUCCCUCUCCCUCCCACGCCAGCAUGAGGGGCACGUCAGAGCGCUCUGCACGAGAACAGCAACAGCCCAACUACUGGAGCUUUAAGAGCCGCAGUCCCCGGCAUUCCCAGUCUACCCAGUCUGGGCUUGCCGACCAGGCCGCCAAGCUCUCCUUUGCCUCGGCUGAAUCCUUGGAGACCAUGUCAGAGGCCGACAUCCCCAUCGGGUUCAACCGGAUGAACCGAUUUCGCCAGAGCCUGCCACUGUCCCGCUCUGCCAGCCAGAAUAAGCUACGAUCUCCAGAUGAAUAUUCAGGUGUGCUGUUCCUGCAGUACGGAGAUGAGACACGCCGGGUUCACAUCACCCACGAGCUGAGCAGUCUGGACACGCUGCACGCUCUCAUCGUGCACAUGUUCCCUCAGAAGUUGACAGCAGGUAUGCUGAAGUCCCCCAACACGGCCAUCUUGAUCAAGGACGAGGCGCGCAACGUAUUCUACGAGCUGGAGGACGUCCGGGACAUCCAGGACCGCAGCAUCAUCAAGAUUUACCGCAAAGAGCCCAUCUACGCUUCCUACCCUGCUGCUGCACACCUGGCUAACGGAGACCUGCGGAGGGAGAUGGUGUACUCCUCUCGUGACUCCUCCCCUACUCGCCGCCUCAACACCCUCCCCUCCUCUACAGCCUCGGCUUCUCCAUCCCGCUCUCGCCUCUCCUACAGUGGCGGCCGUCCUCCAUCCUUCACCGGGUCCCACGGCCAGCAUGAACAGCCCCGACACCCCCACCAUCCCUCAGCCGGCCAUGCUGCCAACGCGGGCUUGUCUCCCUCGCCCAGCGCCAUCCUGGAGCGCCGCGAUGUCAAGCCUGAUGAAGAAGUUUCUGCAAAAAAUAUGGCACUGAUGAAGAGCGAGGGUCUGUAUGCGGACCCCUACAGCCUGAUGCAUGAAGGCCGCCUCAGCAUCGCCUCCACACAGUCGCUAGCUGCCAUCGGUGACCCCUUUAGCUUUCCUGUUUCCAGUGGCCUGUACCGCCGUGGCUCUGUGCGCUCCCUCAGCACCUACUCAGCUGCCGCUCUUCAAGGGGACCUGGAGGACUCUCUGUACAAGCCUGGAGGUUCACUCUACUCUGACACAUACUCCUCAGCCACACUGGGCAUGGGUUUUCGCAUGCCGCCUUCAUCCCCGCAGAAAAUCCCUGACAUGCAGCUAAGAGACAGGGACUCGUACUCCAGCUCGCCCAGCAGAGCCUCACCUGUCAGGCAGACCUUCCGCAAGGACUCGGCCUCCUCCUCUGUGUUUGUGGAGAGCCCAAAGUCAAGGCCCAGCUCCAGUUCAGAGCCUCUGUGUCUGACAGCUGGGCCUGGGGAGGGCGGCAGGGCCACGCCUGGCUUUGGUUCUUCGCUGUCUGGACAGGACCCUGACAGCAGCAGAGAUCAUCGUCUGGAGCGUAUGGAGGCAAUGGAGAAGCAGAUAGCCAGCCUCACUGGCCUGGUCCAGAGUGUGCUGACCAGAGCUCCAGACAGUGACAGCACAUGCGGCCUGCUGCGUCUCUGCAUGAUGGCGGGCUGCCCUCCGGACCAAGGGACCGAGUUCUCACGGCCAUUACCUUUUUCUUCCAGCGAGAAGACCGAAACCAACAGCGACGGCUCCGCCACUGGAACUGGCCGGCUGAAGAAGAAAGCUCACACACCAUCGGCACCUCUGGCUCUGAUGCCUCCGCCUCCUUCUAUCACAACCCCGGUGAACAGCGCCAGCCGCUUGCAGAUGCAGCUCCACCUGCACGGUCUGCAGCAGAAUGCCACCGACCUGCGCAAACAACUCGGCCAGCUUCGCAAGAUACAGAUGGAGAACCAGGAUUCGGUGCGAACUCUCUUGAAGCGGACAGAAGCGGAGCUGAACGUGCGCGUGGCCGACGCCUUGAGGAAGCAGGAAGAUCCUCUGCAGAGACAGCGCCUCCUGGUGGAGGAGGAGAGACUCAAGUACCUCAACGAGGAGGAGCUCAUCAUCCAGCAGCUCCACGACCUGGAGAAGUCAGUGGAGGAGAUCCAGAAGGAGUCGUCUGUCAACCACAAGAUGGUGACAGUGCAGGAGCUGGAGGAGAAGGCCACGGUUCUGAGAAAGCUGGGAGAAACGCUCACAGAGCUGAAAAAUCAGUUCCCGGGCCUGCAGAGCAAGAUGCGGGUGGUGCUCAGGGUAGAGGUGGAGGCUGUCAAAUUCCUGAAAGAAGAGCCGCACAGGCUUGAUGCCUUGUUAAAACGCUGCAAGACUAUAACUGACACCCUCGCCACCAUGCGCAAACAAGCAAAUGAGGGUGUGUGGAAGAAGCAGGAGGACUUCUCAAGUCCUUCAUCGAAGCACAACGACGACUUGCGGAAGUUUUCAGACUUUGACAUCCCCACCAGUCCUCCACUCACCAUCAAUGACCUUGGGGGAGGCAACAGCCUGUCCAACUGGAGCCCCCACUCCAGCCUGAGCCGUGGCCAUGGGAAUCUGUCUGGCCCUCACAAGGACAAUCAUCCUCCUGUUCCCCACAAAGGCAAAGCCCUGGAGGAGCUGGAACGCCGCGCUUUAGCUGACAAAGCUUUGUCCGUGGAGGUCCGGCUGGCAGCAGAGCGAGACUGGGAGGAGAAGCGGGCCAGUCUGACCCAGUACAGCGCCCAAGACAUCAACCGGUUGCUGGAAGAGACCCAGGCUGAAUUAAUGAAAGCUAUUCCAGACUUGGACUUUGCUGCCAAGCAGAUCAAGCCUUCCUCUAACACACCAUCCUCCCAGAAUCCCCAAGGUGGGGCAGGAACUCCAGAGCACCGCGUCAGCAAGCCCCAGCACAAGCUCUCUGGGAAAGAGGGAGGAUCCAGGCGUGGCUCUGAUGAGCUGACAGUGCCACGAUAUCGCACCGAAAAACCCUCCAAGUCUCCUCCCCCUCCACCACCUAGACGCAGUUUUCCGUCUUCUCCAGGCGUAACCAGCCGCAGCGGAGAGCCACUCAUUCCUGGAAAAAGUAUAAAGAAGACUGAAUCUGAAGAGACUGAAAGCCAGAAGCCUCAUGUAAAACUGAGGAGGACUGUGUCUGAAAACCCCCGUCCUGCGUCUACACCCCCCACACUUGCCUCUGGGGACAAGGAGGAAGGAGAGGAGGAGAAAAUUGCUGCAGAGUUGGAGGGAAGGCGCUUGUCUCCGGUCCCCCACAUCGUGUUGACAGAGUGUUUACCAGCUUCGCCUGCUGCCUCAGAGGAUCCUGUCAGAGAUUCAGCAAAUUACCCUGUAGAGGAGACUCCGUCACGUGAUCAGACUGGUCAUGAAAGCGUCUACGAAGCAGUAUUUUCGAAACAAAGGCAUUCAUUAGGAAGCCCUCCUCAGAGAGAGCGAGAGCUGACUUGUUUAAAGGAUGACAUGGGGUUAAACCGGGUAGUUUCCCUGCUGUUGACAGAGCUAGAGGUGAGGGUGGUGUCUCCCGCUGAAGCCCAGGAGCUCAGCAGGACUGUAGGAGACGCUCUGCACACUCUGACCAUCUCACCACAGACUAAUGAAGUCCCUGAGGUCCAGCUGAGUGACCGGCCUCUCCUAGUGCUCCUCAGAGAAGAAAAAACAGUCCGGGGUGCCUACGGGCUUCUGCUUUCCCUUAUGGAGUCUUCAAAGCCGGUGCCCAAACCCAGAAUGAAAUCCUCCCUGAACUCUGGCCAGAGGAGCUCUCUGGUGGAGGCUCUAAGGAGAGGGAUAGAAACAGGGGAUAGAGUGCUGACACUUCAGCACAAAACUGAAAUGAAGACUUGUGAGGUACAGCAGGAAUCAGUAAACAUCACUGUGGACAGUCUAUCCAACAAGAGCCAGAGGAAAACAGGAGAAGAUAUCCGACACAGCACCUACAGGAGGCUGGACAGCUUGGAGGAGACUAUUCGUGAGCUGGAGAACACCUUGAUAGAAAUCAGCGGCCAUCCAACUGCAGAGCAGCUCUACACACCUGUACAGAUGACAAACAGUCCAACCUCAGAGACGAAGAAGCCACCGGUCCCACCCAAGCCACCCUCUUUCAACCCAGCAUCGAUCCAGGGAGGGAAUAGUUCAAGCGUUGGUAAGGCCCUCCACUCCUCGGCUGCCUCCAAACUGAAGCACCUGCAGCAGAACAGCACAGACAAGACUAAAAGUGGCAGAAGAGAAGAGUUCAUGAAGAUCCAGGGCCAGCACCAGCAGUGAGGGACCAGUCCUCUUCAGCAGCUUCCUGCUCCUCCUGUUCACCCGACAAGAGAGCUACACCACCCCACCCCCCUUAAUUUCACAUCUCCAGCGUUUAAUCCAAAAUCUACCACUGAACCCCAAUCUGUGUGCAUUUGUGAAUAUGUGUGAGCGUGUGUGCGUGUGUGCAAGCAUGCAUGCACGGGCAUGUUUGACUGUAAUGGUAAGGGAAGGAGCUGCAGGGGACAGUGCCCAGCCAAUUUUAAGACUUUAAUUUCUCAUGAUUUUCCCUUUGAUCCUUGAAAACCUCCAUUCCCCCUUUCCCCGCUUCUGUGUCCCCGCUCUACCUGAAGGCCUUGGGGACCAACAGCACCAGUGGCAGUAUUGAGCCAUACCUCUCUGGUAUCAAAACGGGGAUUUUCUCAGGCCGAGUGCCCUCUCCUGCAGCAGUGUUUCCUCCUGGCCUGAGGAAGUACCCCCAGGAUGGAGCAAUGCCCUCCCUGACAGCCUCCCCCAGCCAAGCGAAGGCCCUCCUGGCGAGCCUGUCUGCCUCCGGCCUGAGUGCCGAGGCCCUGCUCCUCUCCUCCACGCUCCGCCAUCGCCGCCUUCUACGUGAGCAGAGAGCCUCCUCCUUGCCCCUUCCCAGCAGCCAGUCCACCCCUUCUACUCCCAUUGCCAGCUCCCCGUCCUCUUCCUCCUCACCCACCACCCCGACUCCUUCCCUGUCUCCCUCCUCUCCCUCUCCUUUAAAUUCCCUCGUCUCCUCUUCUGCGGUUCCCAAGCCCAGCGGUUGUAGCUCCAGCCUCAACAGCUGCAGGGAGGGUAGCAGCGACCAUGUGAAUAAGGACCUCGCCCCUGGCAACUCUCUGUGAUGAAAAGGAGGAGGACAUAGGAGGAUUCAAGCACCAUCGCACCAUGAACCAUAAAGAGAAAAUAGCUACAUUAUGGAAAAAUCUUUUUUUAGUGUCAUAUUUUUUCAGGACUUUGGCUUUUUCUUCCUCUUUUUUUUUCCUCUCUACUUUUGGCCUCACUCCAGUAUGCAGUCUUCAUAUUUCCAUGGCAAGAACUACUGUAGAUGGAGUCACAAUCUUCUUCUUGAAUAAGUUUCCUACUCUGAUCUGGCUCCACAGUUCCUCUACAGUUCUCCCACGCAGUCCUACUGCCAGUUUGCCAGAUAGAGAGCGCACAAACAGACCUCCCAUCCUACCGGCUGCCUGCUGUUGUCACACUGAUGUGGUCUGGAUGGAUUUACUGACAGUAGCAGUCUCAUAUGUACCCUCACUCAACAGGGUUGUUAGUGGAGUAGACAUAAUUUCUAGACUGUGACUUUUAUCAUAGAAAAUAGAGCUGCAAUAAUCACCAAGUGAGUCCAGUAGUUGUGUGUGUUCAGGAUAAUAUUGCUCUCACUUACCUGCAUCACCUGGCAGAAUGUCCUCAGAAAAAAAACAAAAAAACAAAAGUAGAUCAAGGUGAUGAUUGUGGUUUCAAACUGUUUUGGGCAUUUGUGGCUUUUCUUGCAUCACCUGUGUUUUAAACUCUGAACUGGUGCUAUAUUUUCCCCUCCGUUUGUACACACUGUGUAAAGAGUUUACAUGAUUGUCCUCACUUCCCCAAAUCUUUGACCUGCGCUUUGUUGCAAGUGCACAUUCCACUGUCAGACUUUGAGUUCUGUUUGAAUAUUUAUAUGCAUCCCUACAGAGUGAAAUCCUUGCAUCAAAACAAAUUAGGAACAAUUAAGGGAAAUUUUUAAAAAUUACUCACAAAAGCACAUCGUAGGGAGCAGUCUUAUAUAACAGCACAUUUCUAUUUAGAAUAGAACCAGGAGGAACAGUGACACAAACAGGAGGGAAGAAUGCGAAUUGUAUAGACAUGUUGAAUUUCUGUAUAUGUGUAUUAAUUAUGACAAUCAGGAUGUUUCCUCAGUAGCAUCUUACAGGUUGCUCUCCGCAUAUUAGCACCUGACAUCACAAACCUUCCCAAAGACUCAAGCACACCCAGUGAUGAACAAUACAACACAAUCUGUCACACGUUCUGCACUUGUAAAGCCAAGCUGUUUUGCAGAAGCACAGACUCUACGAGUUUUUCAGCCAAUCUUGUGUGAUGAUUCAUUUUUGAAGUCACAUCUGUUGCACCACUGAUAUAGAGCACUCUGGUAAAAUAUGCCAUAUCGACCAGAACACAAUUUCACCCUUUAAGGAAUCUGAUCUACAAAGUGACAGAUCAAGUGCUUUUUUUGGGACACUUGUCUCUUUUUGAACUUCAAAGUUAUUCUGAUGGGAAGCAGCGUUCAAAGUUUUCAGCGAUUCGCAGGUCUUCUUGUAAAACAUAGCACCGUCUUAGAAGAGGAACAAAAUGUGUCUCUCACUGCAGUGAAGUGAACGCGCUUAAACGUCUGUGACAACUUUCGUGCAGCGUUUGAGAGAUAAAGGAAGUUAAUCAGCACAUAUAUAGAAACGACAGAUGCAGCUUGACCCUAAAGGGCUUGUGGUGAGAGUAAAGAAAUAUAAAGCAAGCACAGUUUCCCCUCAAACACUUGACCCUUUCCUCUAAUUUUGACCUUGUGAAUCCACUUAAAUAUGACAAGCACGAAGCUACAGAGAAAGAAAAAAACACCCCUGCAUAUUUAAAAUCCUUAGAUUACCAAUAUUGCUGUUGCCUCAUUUGGUUUUAUUACCUGCAUGUUGAAACAUUUAUGAAUGUGAGGCCUUUGGUGUGCCUCAGUGAUGGUAGUUGAAGUUAUCACUAUUUAUUGCACAUCAAAGGCCUGCCAGUGAUUCCCUAAAUCUGUAAACCCUGCACAAGGAACCAUUCUUGAAGCUCCCUGUCCUGUGUUAUUGCCUUAAGGCUGCCCACUGGGGAGGUGAUGAGGUUGAACGGACAGUCGUAGACAAAGUGAUUUUUCAGUGGUUCACCAGAUUGACCGCAUGGAAUCGAUUCUUUGUGGCAUUGAGAUAAAAACAUGUGCAAAAGGGGGAUCGUGUCAAAGAGGAGGCAGCUUGAGGAGAGGGGAUUAGUUUGGGGACAUGUGUUUAAUGGCUUCUUUAAUAAGGCCAGCUCUGACUUGCCUUGUCUCCAUCGAGAGUGCUCAUGAUAUAAAAGACCCAAAGAGAUGAGAGGAAGGGUGUGACAGUCAGAGAGCCAUUUCCCCUGCCUCUCUCACUUUGCUUUGUCUUCGGUGUGACAUAAAAUCACUCUGUUGAGGUUAUCACAGGACAAAGUUUGAUCGGCCUCAUAAUGAACAAUAACAGUGUGUGCAAUAUGUAAUUAGCACUCCUUCUGCCCAGGCAGUGCUCUUUGCCUUUGUGGAACUCCUGCCUGUUUGUCUGCAAGGACCUGUUACCAUGUUUUUCCCAGUGCCUCUAAGACUUUGUUCUUGCCAGAAAUCCCCAGUUGAUCUUGUAUUACAGCAUUAGAUCAGCAGCUAUGACACAGUAACACUUUUACCCAAAGAAGAGGCUGCGAGAAUUAGCUUGUUCCCCUUUUUUUUCUGCGGGAAAAUAAAAGAAGAAAACAGCACUUGAAAUGCAGAGUGUGUGAGGUUGCAGCGGUGGCAUUUGACUAAACACUCCCCAAGCUCCAACAAUGUGCAAAACUGCAAGCUCGCAGCACAGUGAAUUAAGCCUCACUCACCCUGGGUGCUCUGUAGCUUUGCCAGGAAGGUUCAAGCCCUGGGUUUCAUAUUGAGUGAAGUCAAAUGAAAGAAAUUCACUUACUCAUGCUGUUCCACUCAAAUCCGUAACUCUCCGAGUUAAAUUUGCUGCAUUUGCGUCUGGUGAGCGUUGGGGAGGAAGUAUUCACGCUUGGCUUCUUUCCUCAAGUAAAGUCUGAGAUGAAACCUCCCAGAAUUGCGUGAGUGCUCUCUGGAAUGAUUUUUUUUCAAGACAAGUGUUAGUGGGCUGUGAUUUCAACUUGGCCCGAGGCUUAGAGGGCAUUUCGCAGACACUCACAGUGGAUGCCCCUGGCAAUCAGAAAAAACUCAUGCAAACUUGAAAUCAAACAUAGAAGAAAUAUACAUAUAUAAAUAUAUCUAAGUGAGAUGUUUGUGUAUGAUAUUAUAAUUGUGAAGAAAAGUGUGAUAUAUAUAUAGGCCUAGAUUAAAUUAUAUACUGUAAAAUGUCAUCAUCUCUUCAGUUUUAUAUAUUAGUGACCAUUUUGUACAGAUUUUUCUUUUUUAAUUCAUUGAGAAAGAUAUUACAUUUCACACUCAGAUUAUUUAUUCAUACGCAGAACAUUUUUAUAUUUGUUUAAAAAUAUCUGUAUAGAUAACAGUUAGCCUCUGUAAUAUACGCUGAAGUUCAUUUUUAAAUUCUAGGGUUUUCUUUCGGUGAGUUAGAUUUUAUGUAAUUUUUGAUUUUUUUUAAAAAAGCUUGUCCCUGAAAAUGCUCGUCCAGCUCGUCUGCACCUCUGCCUCCUUAUGUGAAGGGUCACUAUUGAGGUGUAAGAAGCUGGACCAGUGCCUGUGCUUAGGGGCUUAUUUUGCUACUAUUUUUGUUUUUGUUUUCGGGGGUUGUUUUCUGUACCUGUGGAUUUUUUCUUUUUCAAAUUUCACCCCAUCCUGUAUUUGUGAUUCAGCUGGUAUUAGUGUGUUGGUCAGAAACACAGAUAUUGUGGUAACUACUGUGAAAGGUCAGUUUAUGGGCCCAAAGGCUUCAUAUAGAGCCUUGCUGCUUUGACAAAAGUAAGUUACACGGCUUUAAUUUUCCUCUGUGUCAUGUUUGCAUGUGAACAGGAGUGGUAGCAAUGUGAAUGUUGGUGCAAAAGCAUUCAAAGACGACAGGCUCUUAAUCAUUACAACAAGUGGAAGUGCAUUUUGUUGCUUAUUCAGUUCCAGCUGUUGCACUGAGUGGCUUUAAGUAGCAGUGAAGCUAAACCACAGGAGUUGUUAAAACCACCAAGAUGGAUCAAUAAGGGAAUUAUGUGGAGUUGUGUGAAUUAAAAGUUUUAUCCCUUCCUUUGCCAUGGUAUCUUUUUUUAUAAUGAACCUACAUUCUAUAGUAUGUAUAUGAGAUUUUUACAUGAAUGUGUGGAUGUUCAAAAAUCUUGGCAUCAAAAGUAGAAAAACAAAAUUGACUUGUAAAUAGGCCGAGUCAUUCCUAGCGAGUUCAACAAAUUGUUAUGUCCAAAAGAAGAUGUUUUAUUAAUAAACUAUGACGAUGGGUACAAAGGUAUAUACAAAAACAAUGCAUGUAUAGUCUCAAGCAAUCGCACGGUGCAGUCGAAAAAAUAAAAUGUUGUCUACGUGUUUUCUCAAAAAAAUGAGAACGAGAAAGAGAGAGAAAGCGGUUUUGUGUUAGAGGUUUACAAACAUGAAGAAUGAGACAUUAUUUUGCUAUCUGUGACACAGGCAUGUUCAGUCUUACUGUGAUGUUAUGUGACGAUGAAGAUGACGGUAGUGGAGGAGAGUGUUGGAUGUUUUGAAGGAUUCAGAAUGCUUGAACGCACCCCAAUAAGAGACAUCACCAGCGAUGGUGUACUCUUUCCACAGAGUGAUUCUCCCAUUUGUAGAGUAGUGUGAUAUAAGAACAAAAAUAAUACAGAAAAUAGAUCUACAAUAUAAUGAUAUAUAAAUUUAAAAGCCUACUGAUACUGGAGAUACUAAUUUAUCAGUGUGGAUGCCAUGAUAUUCUGUGAGAAAUGUGUGUGUUUUUCCUGUGAGAAGACAGUCGGCAGUUGAACCUGCCUUCUUUUGUACAUAACUUGCUGUGAUUGUGUGUCCAAUAAAGUGCAGCUCUCUUGUACAGUG